UGCCCCCUGUCUCUGUCACUCACGGGGCGGGCCAGGCUGGGCAGCCAUGGCUGUGACACUCUUCUGGACUCCUCUCCUCGUGGUUCUCCUGGCAGGACUGGGGGACACCGAGGCCCAGCAGACCACGCUACACCCACUUGUGGGCCGUGUAUUUGUGCACACUUUGGACCAUCAGACGUUUCUGAGCCUUUCUGAGCACGUUGCUGUCCCACCCGCUGUCCGCAUCACCUACCACGCCCACCUCCAGGGACACCCAGACCUGCCCCGGUGGCUCCGCUACACCCAGCGCAGCCCGCACCACCCUGGCUUCCUCUACGGCUCUGCCACCCCAGAAGAUCGUGGGCGCCAGGUCAUUGAGGUCACAGCCUACAAUCGGGACAGCUUUGAUACCACUCAGCAGAGGCUGGUGCUGGAGAUUGGGGACUCGGAAGGCCCCCUGCUGCCAUACCAAGCUGAGUUCCUGGUGCGCAGCCAUGAUGUGGAGGAGGUGCUGCCUUCAACGCCUGCCAGCCGCUUCCUCUCAGCUUUGGGGGGACUCUGGGAGCCUGGAGAGCUUCAGCUGCUCAACAUCACUUCUGCCUUGGACCGUGGGGGCCGUGUCCCCCUUCCCAUUGAGGGCCGCAAAGAAGGGGUGUACAUUAAGGUGGGUUCUGCCUCACCUUUCUCUACUUGCCUGAAGAUGGUGGCAUCCCCCGAUAGCCACGCCCGUUGUGCCCAGGGCCAACCUCCACUUCUGUCUUGCUACGACACUUUGGCACCCCACUUCCGCAUUGACUGGUGCAAUGUGACCCUGGUGGAUAAGUCAGUCCCGGAGCCUGCAGAUGAGAUGCCCACCCCAGGCGAUGGGAUCCUGGAGCAUGACCCGUUCUUCUGCCCACCCACUGAGGCCCCAGACCGUGACUUCUUGGUGGAUGCUCUGGUCACCCUCCUGGUGCCCCUGCUGGUGGCCCUGCUUCUCACUUUGCUGCUGGCCUAUGUCAUGUGCUGCCGGCGGGAGGGAAGGCUGAAGAGAGACCUGGCUACCUCUGAAUCAGAUUUCAGCGGUCCCAGAGUCCUCCAGGCCCCACGACCCUCUCCUGGGGAUUUCUGUGCCAGAGGCCGUGCUUUCGGGACUGUGUGUUGGUGGUGGAGUGGGAGUGGCAUCCAGAUGGUCCACCACUGCACCAUCCAUGGGAACACAGAGGAGCUGCGUCAGAUGGCGGCCAGCCGCGAGGUGCCCCGGCCACUCUCCACCCUGCCCAUGUUCAAUGUGCGCACGGGCGAGCGGCUGCCUCCCCGCGUGGACAGCGCCCAGGUGCCCCUCAUUCUGGACCAGCACUGAGGGCUCGGCCAGGAAACCAGGAGUUGCGCAGACUGGAGGCUCCAGCAGCCAGCCUGCUGUCUGGGGUGGCUCCUCCUUGAUCCCUGCUCCCUUGAGGAGGAGGCUGCCCACCCCUCAUCUCUGGGCUCGCCCCCUGCAGCCAGGCAGCUCUUGGGCCUCCAGUGCUCUUCCUGUGCUGGCCAGGGCUGGGAGAGUGCAAGGCCAGCUCCUCACUUCCUGGCUUUGCCUUGGGGUCUUGGCAGCGCCUUUCUCCCUGCUCAGCUCCAAAGAGCACACGGGAGCCUGGCUGCCGGCCUGAGAGGAAGUGGCCCAGACAAGUAGCUGGGAGGAUGGCGUGCCUGCAGAGGACGCCAAGCCCUGCCUGGGACACACACGUCCAGAGGUCCCCGGCAGCAUGCCGGGAAGGCACAGACACACUUAGUGCCUCCCCACUGGGCAACAGCCCCUCCCUGGCGUGCAAGAUUCCAACCAGCAGUCACGCUCCACUCCCCACAGCCAAGGACGAAGAAGGGCAGCUGCCUCCACAGCCACCUCCAUCGGGAGACUUGGCCGGCUGCACACUCUGCUCCACCCCUGUCUCCUCCAGUCCCAUGAUGGUAUUGCCCCUGUGGCCCAGUGGACGGCCUCCACUUUCUUUCUAAAGACAGCACCCACACGUGGCCUGACGCUCAGACAUUCCCUCACCACCUCUCUAUCGGCCAGACCUGGCGACUGAAGGCACCACCUAGGGCCGGCCUCAGCCCCCUGCUGCACACCGCCUGGGAGCAGGACUGGAAUCAUGCUCCUGCCACACAAUAGCUGGCUCAGCCAGCUGAGGGUUAGUUUACUCAUAAGAUGAUCAUCAUAACCACCUUGGGGCUGUUGUGAGAAUUUGUGGGAACCGGACACUCUGGCAACUCCCAAGGAUGGAGACAUUAUUGCAUACAAGCACACGCACAAUCCCCCAAGGCCAGAAGUCCCUGGGGUCUCCCUGGCCCCUAAGAUCCAGGCUAAAUGAACUCCAUUUCCACCUGUGCCUUAUAAAAAGUUCAAUCUCUCUCUGUGAAUUGGGGGUGGAAGCCUAAAUUCGUAUGAUCUUUGGCACAGAUCUGCUGCCUAGAGCUGCGCCAUCCAGUCCAGCAGCCUCAGGCCACGUGGCUACUGAGCACUUAAGCUGUGGCUAGUCCAAACUGAGAUGUACCAUCAGUGUAAUUGUGAAAUGAUCAGAUUUGGGGAUAUAUUAGGUUAAAUAAAAUACAUUGCUAAAAUUA